AGAGAAAACAACAACAAUGCGAAUUAUCAACUUUUUCUCUAUUUUUUUUUAAGUGCGAUAGUUAAACGAAAAUAGCGCCAAAGUAAGUGUUAAGAUUUACAAGUAAACUAGCGGAAACUAAAAAAGUGCACUUACCCAGGAAAAUAAAAUUAAAUGCGGCAUAAAUCGGUUAAUUAAACAUAAAUAAAUUAAAAAUACGCAAAGCUGUCGGAAGAGGAAGAGGAAGAAGAAGAGGAAGCAGAAGAACAACAACCAACUUGAAGACGACUCUUCUCGCAAGUUCGCUUUGUUUUCGUUUCUUGCCAUUUCGAUUUCAGUUUUAUUUGGCCCAAUCCACCAAAAUCCAAACAGCAACCAUAAAUGAAUAUAAACAACAACAACAACAACAGCAAGCAAGAACCACCGAAAAAUCAACAGCAUCGAACGUGGCAAGAAACUCACAAAUUUCAGCAACAAAACUCAACAUCCAGCUAAAUCGUACAACAAAAAACCACAAUCACCAAUCAACAACAGCCAGUACGCAACCAACAAAAAAAAAUUUUUUUCAACAACAAUUUUCAAGAACUUUCAACAAUAUUUUUUCAACAACCAAAAAAUUUCACCAACAUUUUUAGAAAAAAAAAAAACAAAAUUCAACAUCAAAGAAAUAUUUCAACAACUAUAUAGUAACCAAAAGUUCAACAACAAUUUCCACAAUAACUGUAAACGUGUCGCGACUUAAAGCUGCCCCUGUCCCGCUCUCUCGCGUGUAUUCGUACUAUUUCGUGUGUUUUUACAAUAGUUGUGGUUUGUUUUUUUUUUCUAAAAAAUACUAUAUAUUUAUAGAAAUUUGUGGUGUUACGCGUUCGUCCUUGUCACGUGUGCGUGUGUGUGUGUUUGGCGAGAAGAAGGAGUGUUACAUAGUUCGUGUAUGCUAUGUCAGCGACGGGGGGCGGGGGCAUUAUGGCGCUCCUCCAGGCGGCUAAAAUCAUCGAGCAGCGCGAGAGGCUCCCGCAGGCGGGAGACGUGCUUGCAGUUGGAGUGGGCGUGGCCCUGCCCCAGCACCAGCAGUCGCUGCAAUGCAAGAGCAUCUCCAUUAUCAACAACAACAAUAGCAGCCAGCACAAUAGAAACAACAGCAGCAGCAUCAGCAGCAGUAGCAGUAACGGGACUAUUGCAACGCUACCGUUCACGAACGGAAAUAGCAACGGUAUUGCCGGCAUCGGUAACGUGAACGUAAACGUUAGCGUUAACGUCAAUGCGAACGGGAACGGUCUGAGCAACGGUCACAGCAGUCCGCGCAGUCAAUUAGCCGCCGCCGCCGCCGCCACCGCCGCUGCCCACGAUUACGAGUAUACCACCACCGUCGUUAGCAGCAGCGCAGUCGCCAACGGACACAGCGAAGGUCGCCCCCUCAUCGCGGGGGAUGAUAAUUCCCCAGUCAACAGCAAGAACCAUACCCACUCCCCGCAACAGCAGCAACAAAAUGCAGUGGGUAGAACAACAACAGCAACAGCAACAACAACACCAGCAGCAGCAACAGCAGCAGUGGCAACAACAGCAAAAUAUAUGAGAAAUCUAGCCUCAAUUGACCCCUCUACCUUUAUGCUGCUGGCAGCGGCAGCAGCAACCACUCCAAGUGCAGCAGCAACCACUGUAACUGCAGCUGCAACAACUGCAACACCUGCAACACUUGCAACUGCAGCACCUGCAACUGCAACACCUGCAACAGCAACAGCAACACCCACACCACAACCAACAACAUCUAAUCCUGCCAAGCACAAAUUGAGUCCCAUCGCCGAGAUACCGCCCAAAUUUCUAUUCUUAUCGGAUGGCAAGGGGGUCUAUCCAACGCCCAGGAAUGCCAAGGGCUUUAAGGCCACCGCCUUGGGCGGUGUGGAAAUGAUCAGUGGAUCGGUGAUCGAGGAUCAUGAGAAGCAAUUCUAUAGGAGUAGUGUGGUGGGAUCGACGAACAUUCCCCUGACACCACCGCCCUCGUCCACACGCAAAGUGGACACCAGCAAUUCGCGGAUUCGCUCCUACUCACUGUCCCAUGCCAUUUCAGCGCCCAGAGAUCAGCAGCAUCAGCAUCCAGCAUCAUCAUCCAGCCAUCUGCCGCAAUUCCAGCCGCAAAUCAGUUUCGGGAGAUGCGGCAAUGGUAUGGUGGUAUACGGACGACCCGGUGAUUCUGUCGACUCUGCUGGAGUGGCAUUAUCAUCAUCAUCAGUAGGAGCAGUAGGAUUGGGAGUAGCAGGAGGAGUUGGAGUAGGAGUGGGAGUUGGAGGCGCUGCGACGAUGGCCAUGAAUAUUGCCUCCUCGGCGCCAGCGGCAGGAUCUCAGCUGAAGGCGCACCACCACACGGGACACGGAGGACGCAGGCGCACCACCAGUUCCAACAGCAACGGAGCGGGCACUCGGGAAGUGCACAACAAGCUGGAGAAGGAACGACGGGCCCAGCUGAAGGAGUGCUACGACCAGCUCAAAAAAGAGCUGCCCAUGCGGGACGAGGACCGAAAGAAGACCUCCAACUUGACAAUACUCGAAAAAGCCCACGAAUAUGUCCAGCGAUUGACGCAGCGUGAUCGCGAGCAGGAGGCGGAGGUGGAGAGGCUGGCGAAGCAGAAGAUUGAGCUGCAGAAGCGGCUGAAGCGAUUGGGUUCGAGGAAGGAAACGCCGCCCACCGAUCAGCAAAGCAUUCCACAGGCCGACAAAGCCGUUUGCCUGGCAACAACAACCACACCAGCACCACCAACGGCGGCCAGUGGUCGCAAUGGAACCCGAAUUCUAUACGAUGCAGGCAACGCCUGUGCCACUGGGCAGCUAACAACUGUGAUAAACAAAUCAAAUGCCACACCAGCAGCAACAUCAGCAGCAGGAGCAACCGCAGCAGCCGGCAGCAUCAGCAGCAUCAGCAGCAAACUCAAUGGCAACCACACAGGAGGAGCCACAACAACCACACUGACUCCGGCCAUGGGUAUCAUGACAAUUAAGAAUGGCAAUGGCAACAACAUACCGGCAAUCUCACCAGCGGCAAUCCAGCAGCAGCAGCAGCAGCUGCAGCACCACCACAACGGCAGCCCAGCGGGCAGUCCAUCGGGAAUAGGAGCCACUAAUGGGGCCACCAUUACACGUGGCUCGCCCACGCCAUCGACUCCAUCGCCGUCGCCCAGCUCCUCGUCCAGUGGCGUCUCGUCGUCGGCUUCAUUUAUGGGCGGCGGCUCCUCAUCGUCGUCCUCUUCCUCCUCAUCAUCAUCAUCAUCCUCGUCCUCCUCCUCAUCGUCGUCAUCAUCAUCAUCAAGUACGUCGUCCAGUUCGUCGUCACCUACGCAACAACAACAAAAGCAGCAGCAGAUCACCACGCCCACGGCCACCGCCCAUUUAGUGGGCGCACGCAAUGUUGGCCUCCAAUUCCAUGGCGGUGCGGGUGGUGGUGGUGUCAACGCCCUGAAUGGUGGUGCCACCAUCGUGGCCGCUGCUGUGCCAACUGGCGGCGGAUCAGCAAACGGUUUCCAUCAGGCGGACAAGGAUCGCAACUACAAUUUCCUGAUGCUCAGUGCUGGGACAACCGCACAGUAAACCAACAAACAAAAAAUCAACAACCAACAAACACCUACAACAAUAAAGAAAACAACAACAACAACAACUGAAUUGUGUGCAACAGCUCCCACCUUAUUAAACAAAAAAUGUAACAACAACUAGAAGAAGGUUCUCUAAAAACUCAUUUUUCUUAAAACAAGAUACAAGAGAAAAAAAUAUUACAUAUUUCUCACACUUUCGCACACAUUGAAAACAACAACAACAACAGCAGCAGCAGCAACCAGCAUAAGAAAAACAUUAAAAGCUGUACUUUUUUAUGUAAAACAAAAAUAAAAACAAAAGCUAUCUAACAGUUCCGCCCAACACUUAGCAUCGAUUUUGAAAAUCAACAAAGUGAAGAAGAAAAUUAUUUUUUAAUAAAUAAUUUUAAAGAAACAGCAACAACGCGGGAGAAAAAAGCUAGCAGCAACAACACCAACAAUAAACCAGCAACAACAGCAACAAGAGAAGACCAAUUACAUAAAUGUAAAACAACAACGACAGCCAGCAUUCAACAACAACAACAACAGCUUGAAAACCACAACAAACAAAUCUACAACACACAACACAACACACACAGGCCCAUCAACAUGCAUAUAUACUAUAUACAUUAUAUAUCUAAUUGUACUACUUUAUAGUGAAGCCUAGAAAAGAAGAGAAAAAAACACCAAGAAGAAUAGCACACUUAAAUGUAAAACAGGAAGAAAAAAACAAAACCAAAAUGCGCUGUUGAAACAGAAACCACCAAUGGGUAACGCUUUAUAAAUAUAUAUAUCUCUAUAUAUAUAUAUAUGUAUAUGUAUAUGUAUCUAAAACUUAGAAGAAGAUUAUAAAUUAUAAAUAUGUAAAAGCAGGAUUUCCAAAAUUCAUGUGGCAAAAGAUAAAUGCUAAAACGAAAAAAGAUAGAUGUCUCUUUUCUUGACCAAAACUGAACCAGAAAUAAUUUCUUUUGGAUGAUAUACUUUCUUCUUCUUUCAAAAGCGAAACCACAAAACUUAAAAAAGGAAAAAACAAAAAAAAAACACAGAAACGAAGCAAAAAUCAAAUCAAUAGAAUUAUAUCAAAUUAGAGUGCUUGUAUGUCAAGUAUGUGUGAGUUUGCAAACAAAAAAUUAACCAAUAGUAUGUAAAACUAAAGAGAAAAGCUGGCCAGAGAGUGUUGUAUCUGUGUAAUACCCAUAUUUGAAUUAGAUAUUAAUGUAGCAAGCAAACAAAACAUCGUAGAAAAAAUGUGUAAUAGUGCAAUAAGCUAACAAAAGCCACACCCAUCCCCCCCACACCCCCUUCUCCCCCAAUUUAACACAAUUUUUUUUUAGAGAAUUUUUAUUUUGAUCUUGUUCUGGAAAGACACGCAUAUAAGACAUUAUCAUAUAAUAUGUAUGUAGUGAUUGCGUAUAAACCAAACCUUCUUGCAAUUUAAAUUCCUGCCUUAUGCCAUUGAAACAGAAUCAAAGUAAAACAGAAAAUUUGAUACAACCCCCCUAACUAAAGCUUAUAAAAUAUUUAUAUACAAGGAAAGGUAAAAAAAAAAACAAGAAAAGAACGAAAAUAGCUUAGAAAUAGACAACACAACAAUUAUCACGAUAAGGGAAAAAAUCUAGCAAAAAGCAGCAACAUAAAACUGAAUGUUAUAUUUUGGAGCAUUUUUUUCAAUGUGUAUGUGUUAGCAUAUAUAUACAUAUAUAUUACACAUAUGUCUAGAAAGGAAGCAAAGGAGGAUUGAUACAAGUAUUAGCAAAAGAUAUCUCUUGAACAAUAAUGAAGGAAAGACAGAGAUGGCGCGAGCAGGUCGUCUCUUUCUACUCCCCCUAAAUAUUUGCAAAUUUUUUACGUCGGGGCAAUGAAUAUAAAACUAUAUAUCAUCUAUCUAUAUAUUUGUAUACACAAACAAAAGUGAGCCGAUCAGAUAGCGUGAAAUUUUCCAUAUAUUUUGUAAAUACUUUAAAACACAAGUGGGAAACUGUCAAACUUUCAGUUUUUUUCAUCAAGGGGGACUUACUUUUUUUUUUAAUAGUUUUUUUUUUACCAAAGGGACAGAUAAUCAAAAAUUAUUUUCACACAAGAGAGUUUUACACGAAAGGAAAGAGCAAGUAACCAUUAAAAUCGAAAUCUAUAAACUAGAAAUAUAUAUAUAUAUAUGUGUAUGGAACGUCUGUGUAAAUGUGUUUGAAUGUAAAAUGCUUUAGUCACAUAAGUUGAAAGAGAAGUGGAAUUAACUAUGUAUGUAGUUAAAUAUGCCUGUGUCUGUCACUCGAUUUCUGUUACUAAUCAUAAAAGAAAAUGUAUAAAAUUAAUAAUACCAACACACAUUUGAAGAAUUAACCUUAACUCUUAAAUUAGAUUUUAUGUUCUUUAAUUUAUGUUUUUUUUCGUUGUAUUAACUAAAACACAUUUUGAAAAUGUUUUUUCUUGAAUUUUUUUUAACAUCCUUUGUAAGUAGGCAGUUAACAAAUGAUUGAACAUAAUACUUUUUGGCGUCAUUUUUAUUUAAAAAAAAAA